ACUCAUUGCAAAAGCAUCAUCAGGAGGAGCUUGGGAUUAAUGGCAGCACCAACAGCAACGACCCAGGUAGGGUAUCAUCAACCUACCACUCUAGAAGAAGUCAGAACCCUUUGGAUUGGUGAUUUACAGUAUUGGGUCGAUGAAACCUACCUCAGUUCCUGCUUCGCUCACACUGGCGAGGUAAUUUCAAUUAAGAUAAUACGCAACAAGAUCACUGGCCAGCCUGAAGGUUAUGGGUUUGUGGAGUUUGUUUCUCAUGCAGCAGCUGAAAGGAUUUUACAAACGUACAAUGGGACACAAAUGCCUGGAACUGAACAAACUUUCAGGCUGAAUUGGGCUUCUUUUGGCAUUGGAGAGAGACGGCCUGAUGCUGGACCUGAACAUUCAAUUUUUGUUGGGGACUUGGCACCUGAUGUUACUGAUUACCUCCUGCAAGAGACAUUUCGAGCCAAUUAUCCAUCAGUUAGAGGUGCCAAGGUUGUGACUGAUCCAAGUACUGGACGUUCUAAGGGAUAUGGGUUUGUUAAAUUUGGUGAUGAGAAUGAACGAAAUCGUUCUAUGACUGAAAUGAAUGGCGUCUAUUGCUCAACCAGGCCAAUGCGUAUUAGUGCAGCAACACCAAAGAAGACCACCGCUUAUCAACAGCAAUAUACUGUAGCCAAAGCCAUAUAUCCAGUUCCAGCAUACACAACACCAGUCCAGGUGGUUACAGCUGAUAGUGACAUCACUAAUACCACCAUAUUUGUUGGUAACUUGGAUCCUAAUGCCACUGAAGAGGAACUGAGACAAACAUUUUUGCAGUUUGGGGAGAUUGUCUAUGUCAAAAUUCCUGCAGGCAGAGGAUGUGGUUUUGUACAGUUUGGAACUAGGGCAUCUGCUGAAGAAGCCAUACAAAGGAUGCAGGGUCAUGUGAUUGGUCAACAGCCAGUGCGCAUUUCUUGGGGCAGGAAACAGGAUGCAACAGGAAUCUGGGGUCAGCAAGUUGAUCAGUGGAGUGCCUAUUAUGGUUAUGGACAAGGUUAUGAUGUCUAUGGUUAUGGGGCAACACAAGAUCCAUCAUUAUAUGCAUAUGGUGCAUAUGCCGGUUAUCCACAGUAUCCUCAACCGGUUGAUGGUGUCCAGGAUAUGACUGGUGCUCUUCCAGUUGUAGAACAAAGGGAGGAACUUUAUGAUCCCUUGGCUGCACCUGAUGUUGACAAGUUAAAUGCUGCUUACCUUUCUAUGCAUGGAAAUGCCAUAUUAGGCCGGCCCUUAUGGAUGAAGACGUCAUCACUUACCCAACAAGCUUAGGCAUCAUGGUCCUCUCUCCGUUCAAAUUUACGGUACUCGUUAAUAUUGUUCUGAAGACUGCAGUAGAUUAGACAGUAGAUUUGAGAAGUAUCCUUAGAUGAGGGAAAUCUGCCGGCGGCAAAAACAUUCUUGAUAUAUGUCUAUUUUGCUUAGUGCAUGCCAUGCAGGCGGAGUAUGGACAGAGAGAAAACAUCUAAAAUUUGAUGAACCCUUUUUUACUGGUGCAUAUUUUAUUUGUAAAGGAAAACUUAAAGCUUAGAACUCUUUGAUCGUUGGCAGGCGAGGCUUUAUUCUCUCACAGGAAUAUAUAAAAUCACUUCUACA